AUGGAUACUCCGUUUGACGCUGUAGUUAAGGGAAACUUGGAAUUCAGCAGAGAAUUCUACACGGUGGUGGCUGAAGCCGAGUCUGGAAACUUUGUUUCCUCGCCCAUGAGCUGUCUGAUUGCCCUGGCGAUGGCUCACGCUGGCGCAAAGGGAGAUUCCAUCCAGGAAAUCGCCAGGGCACUGCACCUCCCUGAGAACAUGACGCACGCUUUGAAGGGGCUGUCUGAAGUGUUAACACAGCUCAGGAGAGCGAAAAAAGUGGAGCUGUGGAUUGCCAACAAGAUCUACGUCAAGCAAAACUUCCCCAUUUUGGCAGAGUACUCCAAGGCUCUAAAAAAGUUCUUCAAAGUUGAAGCGGAGAACGUCGUGUUCACCGAUCCCUCAACUGCUGACAAGAUGAAUGAAUGGGUCUCCAAGGAGACCAAUAAUAAGAUCACAAACCUCGUUGAUCCCAAUUUUUUUGACGACCAGACUCACUUGGUUCUGGUCAACGCCAUCUACUUCAAGGGCCCGUGGCUGAAACCUUUCAAGAAAGACAGUACUCGCAACCUGCCCUUCUUCACCGACGAAAAUACCAGCGUCCAAGUUCCAACCAUGUACCAGUCAACUUACUUUAACUACAGGAAACUGGAUGAGCUGGACGCCCAACUAUUGAUCAUGCACUAUGAGGGCUAUGAAACGAGCAUGGCAAUCAUUUUACCAAAUAAGAAGGACGGUCUGAAAGAGCUGGAGGAAAAAUUGGCCACUGCAGACCUCGACGAACUCCUGCAAUCUGCUUCCCCCCUGAAUGUGGAGGUUCACCUGCCCAAGUUUAAGAUCGAGACGUCUUUGGAUCUUGUCGACAAUUUGUCCAAGAUGGGUCUGAGCCACAUUUUCUCUGACACCGUGAACUUGACCGGAAUCAGCACAGCUGGGAAUCUGAAAGUUUCUCAAGUUGUGCAGAAGGCGUUUAUUGAGGUCAGCGAGGAGGGCACUGAGGCUGCUGCUGUCACAGCAGGAGAUAUGGAUACUCCGUUUGACGCUGUAGUUAAGGGAAACUCGGAAUUCAGCAGAGAAUUCUACAAGGGAGAUUCCAUCCAGGAAAUCGCCAGGGUACUGCACCUCCCUGAGAACAUGACGCACGCUUUGGAGGGGCUGUCGGAAGUGGUAAAACAGCUGAAGAGAGCGGAAUAUGUGGAGCUGUCGAUUGCCAACAAGAUCAAUGUCACGCAGGACUUCCCCAUUUUAGAAGAGUACUCAUUGGAUAUCAAGAAGUACUUCCAGGUUGAAGCCGAGAAUGUCGUGUUUACUGACCCCUCAACUGCGGACAAGAUCAACAACUGGGUCUCCAAGCAGACCAAGGAUAAGAUCACAAGCCUCGUCCAAUCCGAUUUCUUUGACGCCCAGACUUGUUUGGUUCUGGUCAACGCCAUCUACUUCAAGGGCUCGUGGCUGGAUCCAUUCAAAAAACACUCAACUCAUAUCCAGCCCUUCUUCACUGACGAAAAUACCAGCGUCCAAGUUCCAAUCAUGUACAAGGAGACGUACUUAUUUCCCUACAAGAAACUGGAUGAGCUGGACGCCCAACUAUUGAUCAUGCCCUAUCAGGGCAGUAAAAUGAGCAUGGCAAUAAUUUUACCAAAUAAGAAGGAUGGCCUGAAAGUGUUGGAGGAAAAAUUGGCCACUGCAGACCUCGGCGAACUCCUGCAAUCUGCUUCCCCCCUGAAUGUGGAGGUUCACCUGCCCAAGUUUAAGAUCGAGACGUCUUUGGAUCUUGUAGACCAUUUGGCCAAGAUGGGUCUGAGCCACUUUUUCUCUGACAACGUGAACUUGACCGGAAUCAGCACAGCUGGGAAUCUGAAAGUUUCUAAAGUUGUGCAGAAGGCGUUUAUUGAGGUCAGCGAGGAGGGCACUGAGGCAUCUGCUGCAACAGGGAAGGAAAUGGCUGGGGAGGCAGCCAAUUUAGGAUAUUUCGUGUCGAAAGACCAAACUAGAAUAAACGCUGACAAUGUUUGCGUGCUCGUCGUUCACUACAACUUUGAAAAUACUAAGGACGAAUCCUGGAUUCGGGAAGGUGAUGCCCAGGACGUAGAGAAUCUGGAAAAAACCUUCAGAGUGACCCGGAACUGCAAAUUCCGCAGUAUUUUGUCGCCGGAAAAAGGGAAGUUGCUCAAAUUGCUUUCCGAUCAAAAAGAGUUAUUACAAUUAUUCGGCAGUUCAGAUGUUCCAUCAGUGUUUGUGCUUUACAUUCUUUCUCACGGUGACAUAGAUGGAAAAAUCUUCACUGAUCACUCCCAGAACGAUGACCCAAAAGACUUCAUUUGCUUCACAACAACGGAGAUAUUCGAGUCUCUGAAAAUGCUGACUGGUUUCGAGGAUUGUCUCAAAUUAAUAAACUUUGGUGUAAGUCUCUAUUAA